AUGGCGUUCAGCGCCUGGCAGAUCCUCUCGCCGGUGCAGUGGGCCCGGUGGACCUGGUCGGCGGUGCGGGGCGGGGGCGGCCCCGAGGGGGAGGACGGCGGGGCGGAGGAGGAGGACCCGGCGGCGGAGGGCACGGCCCCCGGCUUCAGCUCGGACUCCGAAGGUAAUUUUGAGACCCCUGAAGCAGAAACGCCGACCCGCUCGCCACUAAAGGAGUUCUGCGAGCCGCUGCCAGGAUCGCCGGAGCCUGAGGCCGGGACCCAAGAGCCAAGUGGCCAUGGUGACCUGCUGGUAGGGGAAGCCCACCAGGACAGCUCGCCUGGGAAGCACCCCAAAGAUGAGGCUCAACCGGAGAUCGGAGCCCCUAAAGCCAGCUCGGAUACUAAAGGGGAAACUGGCCCCGAAGACUCGUCCCUGACGCAGCCGUCGGCUGAAACCCAGCCUCCAGCGGCGCUGGGAAGCAGGGCUGACGCUGGCUGCACCACCGUGCCUGCUGCAGAGCUGGCCCCGGUGCCCCAUGCGGGCAGAGCCACCCGGGAGUGGGUCAUGUCGGGAGAGGACGCGGCGGACGCCGGCACAGGGCUGGUGGAGCCGAAGGCUGAUGCCCUAGCCCGGGAGUGCUCGCCCAGCCAGGGCCGGCUUGUGAAAGGGAAAACACCUUUGCUGGGGGGGAAACCAGAAGAAAACACAGAGGAGACCCCGGUGCCCCAAGCAUCGUACCAGUUCGACCCCGAGCAGUACAAUGAGAGCGUAAACCCCUUUGUGGCAGGGGGCUGUCGGCUGCAGAGCUCCCCCCCGGCAACCCCGCGCCGCCUCCCCCAUCCCGGCGGCAGCCCUGGUGAGCUGGGGGGGGACCUGGCCCUGGAGCCCAAAGGGCAGGUCCCGAAACCCGAGGUCGAUUUUACAGAGGGGGGAGAGAGCACGGAGGCCAGGAGAGCUGCGCCCAAGAAGGGCAGCAGGAUCCCGGCCAGCAAGCUGACGCCGAAGAGACACCGAGAGCCCCCCAAGAAACCAGCCGAGGAUGCGGAGAGGGGUCCCACGGAGCCGCCGCCUCCCCGGGGCUCCCCCCGGCUGGGCCCCACGCUCUGGGACAGCCCAGGUCUCAACCCCUUCGGUGGCAGCUCAGCACUGCAAAACUCGCCGACUCUCCCCAAAGGCUCUUACCAGUUUGACCCCAAUAACUUCGACUCCGUGGAUCCGUUUAAGCCCACCAAGACCCUCGCCAGCACCGCCGCCGACUCCUGCCCCACUGCCGAUAACAGCCUCAACGAAAUCCUUGAGUCUCAGACGCUGGAGGUGCAGGACGAUCUCCUGAAAGGCAGAGACUCGCCGAAGAAGCCCAAGUCGCGCCUGAUAACGACUACUGAACAAGUGAAAUUUCUCUGUUUUCUGUUGAGCGGCUGCAAGGUGAAGCCAUACGAGACGCAGUCCCUGGUCCUGGAUGUUUGCGCUCAGGAUGAAGGAGCGCUGAUCUCAGAAAUCCCAGAUAUUGCAAAUCGGGAUGGACAUGCCACUGAUGAGGAGAAGCUGGCCUCCACCACCUCCACGCAGAAACCGGCCGGGCUGGAGAAGAAGGGCUUUGAAAAGGAGAUCUCCAAGCAGAUGGAAAAGGAUGGGCCUGGCAUCUUCCCCGGCAAUCCCGGGCUGUGCUCCAUGGACAAGUCCCCGGCAGCCGUCACCAGCAUGAGCAGGAGCGAGAGUCCCCUGGAUGGCAUCUGCCUCAGUGAAUCCGAGAAGACGGCCGUGCUCACGCUCAUCAGAGAGGAGAUAAUCACAAAGGAGAUUGAAGCAAACGAGUGGAAGAAGAAAUAUGAAGAGAGCCGCCAGGAAGUCUUAGAGAUGAGGAAAAUCGUGGCUGAGUAUGAGAAGACCAUUGCCCAGAUGAUAGAGGAUGAGCAGAGGACAAACAUGACGUCUCAGAAGAACCUGCAGCAGCUCACGAUGGAAAAGGACCAGGCUCUGGCAGACCUAAACUCAGUGGAGAGGUCCCUGUCGGAUCUCUUCAGGAGAUAUGAAAACCUGAAGGGCGUCCUAGAAGGCUUUAAGAAGAAUGAAGAAGCUCUGAAGAAGUGUGCUCAAGAUUAUUUAACCCGGGUCAAGCAAGAAGAGCAGCGGUAUCAGGCCCUGAAAGUCCACGCAGAAGAAAAAUUGGACAAAGCCAACGAGGAGAUCGCCCAGGUGCGCACGAAGGCCAAAGCGGAGAGCGCGGCGCUGCACGCCGGGCUGCGCAAGGAGCAGAUGAAGGUGGAGUCCCUGGAAAGAGCCCUCCAGCAGAAGAACCAGGAGAUUGAGGAGCUGACCAAGAUCUGCGAUGAGCUGAUAGCGAAGCUGGGAAAGACAGACUGAGUCUCACCACCCCUCGUCCAGCACUCUGCACUUGGCCGCUUUUCUCGUAACGUCAAGCACCUUGCCUUAUCACCCAGGAAAACCCCCCAACAGAGCAGCACACGCGUCCAGCUGCCUGCUCCGCCUGGCUGCCGGACCCCGCGGCCCCCCAUGCAGAGCCGGUCCCCACGCUGUCCCUGUCUCUGUUUCCCAAGGGCUCUGGGGCUGGGUUCCUUGCAGUCAGGCUGGGUGUGCGUGUCCCUCCUGGGGUCCGCAGCAAGCGGCCGCGCUGUCUGUCUGCACGGAUGCCACCUCUCAGCUGGGAGGUGACACCCCGGGCUCUGUCCCCCUCGGCUGGGCUGGGUCUAGUUGUGCCCCUACACGCUCUGUCACUUACUGUCCUCACGUGCUCAAUUGCACAGGUCCGGCCGCGUGGUAGGUCCUGCCCCGGGACGUGGGUGAUGCCAGGGUUGGAGCCGCUGGCCCUUGCGGUGGGGAAGGGGACCUGGCACGUGGGUGCACGGCUGGGGAGGCAGCGAAGGGGCUCGGGGACCCCAGGCACCCACCACAGGUGAUUUGGGGCCACCAGUGUGGAUCCCCUGGCUGAAGCAGCCUCCCCGUAGAUCAAUCGGUUUUGGGAGAGGCGGCGGUAUUCAAGGGGCUGGUCCUGGUCUCUGGUACAUGGGUGAAACACAGCACAGCGCAUCCUCGUCCCUGGCCGUGCCAGCCUCGGAGGAAGGAAGCCGACGUCUCUGCAUUCGUGCACUUUAUUAGCAUUUAUGGGCACUCAGGCUCUCUGCUCACUUCUUCCAGUCGGGCACGGUCCUGCUACACGUCUCCUUCCCCCAGGAGCACGGAUACGGCCACUUAACAAGUAGUAACUUGAGUCCUCUCAAAGGAGAGCCCGGCCAAGAGGAGGGCAGGAGGCUUCUGCACCAAGAGGGUUUGAGAAACAGGGGAGAUGUUGGUUCGGGAGAGCUGGGACUUGUCUGUCCGUCUUCCCCGUGGCCGCCCUGCCCGCAGCCCUAGCACCUCCUGAGGCUUGUUAAUGUGGGGUUUCUAGUCCACUUUAAAAUGCGCAAAGCUGAGUCUCUUGCUGUUGCCUCCCCACACCAUAGUGAGGUUAGUUCCCCACUUUGGAUGUUGCAGGAGGAAGGAAGCAAACCCUGAACUGCUUCACGAUUCUGCUGACUUAAGGCUCUUUUCCCCAGUCAGUACAGAAAGGCAAGGAGGAGUGCAGUACUGCCUUGGGUCUGGUGCUGCUGUCAAAAAUGCCCUUACAGCACUGAAUAUUAAGAGAACCAAGCAAAAGCCAGCCUUUACAGACAAAGGCAGAUCCAGACAGCAGUGAAAUACACUUUGAAAUCUGUCUGGAUGCAGCCCAAAAUACGACUUUCCACGCAGGCAGGCCGCCUGCUCUCUUUCAGAGGUGUUUACUUUUCUGGACACACCAAGCUCCAGCAGAAUUGCUGAGGUUGCCUUUGCACUGUGCUGGGAACCGGGGGGCUCUGGGUUGAUACGAUGUGUUUAAAUCCAUGUGUAGAUCCCGUGUGUGCCCUCCUGAUAAUGCCGUUGCAUGAGCCAGCCUUGCCCGGUGAGUUUUGCCGCUCUGCACGCUGCAGUGCCGUGGUGUGCCGUGGGCUGUGGCCACUGCCCCUCAGGGUUAGUGCAGAGCCAUCCCAUCCUGCAGAAGGCAGAUCGGUGGGAUCGGGCAAUAGCUGCAGUGGUGGAGGAUUCUCGACUAUCACCUUGAGCGGAUAGUCGUAAAGCGUCAAAUAAGGGAAAUAUUUGCUGUUUGGACUGUUUCCUACCCAGCCUACCUAAGACUUUCGCAAACCUUUUUGCUGCUACCUUUUUGUAAAAGAGUUGAGCUGUUUUCCUUCUAUUUUCUAAUUCCCUGUGUUGAGCAUGCAGUGCAAACAUCUGUUUAAAUCAGAGCCAUACACUUGAUAUAUAUUUUAUUAGUUAUGUUAUGUAUAGAGAGAAUUUAUUAUACACUUAAGCAGACAAAGAUGCCGGCAGCCUGCCCUAGCACGCAGAGUCCAGGCCUGUUCACCAUGCUCCCAGUUAUCCCAGUGAACAGGCUGGUAGCUGUGUGGUGGGGAAGCCGAUGGCUGAUACCGCUCAGAGCUGUGGACCUGUGGCUGUGUGCUGAGUAUUCACCCCUUUGCACAGCUGACAGAAGGAAAAACCUUUCUUUCUUCUUCCCCCCCGCCUCGUCCUCCCCACACAUCCCUCUGAUGGGCUGGUAGAAAAGCCUCUGUCAGAUGAUCUACAAAGACUAUUUCUAUUUGGGGAGUCAAAAUGCCAGCCCCAGCCCACUGGAGCCUGGCUCCCCUUCCCUCCAUUUCAUCAGCGUUUGGGGUUUCGCAGACUGUAGCACCGCUCUCCUCCUUCUCGCGUGUCCCGCUCCAAAACAGCAUUCCUGCCUGGAUGCGAGUGACCCUUUCCUGGCUGCAGUUAGCUGGGCUUCGGCAGGGUGGUGGUGACAGGAGGGAGUGACCCCCGGAAGGUGCUGCCCCUUCGGACCUUCUGAGGGUCUGUACAGGUAAAUUAAACCCCUCGAGAACCAGGGAUUUCUUAGGGAGUUGGGUUUUUCUCUUUGCAACCCUUCAGAAAUCGAAGGGCGCAGGUCACCGGAGAGCAGCGCUGCGCAAGCUCUUGGAGCUGGUAACAAGUUGCUUUGGGGCUAGUUUCUGGUGUGGCACACAGCUUCGCUGUCGUGCUCACAGCAGCGCGCGAGGUCCCAGCACGAGGCUGAUGGAGCCACAGCGCAGGAGGCAGGUCCGGGGUCGGGACCGCAGGUCGCGGCAGCCCUCAGCCUUGUGCUCUGCGCCGGGGCACGCUGCUCAGUGCGCUGGCUUUACACGAGGUGUAAGUGCCCCAGUCCAUCUGUGUGAAUGUUUACUUCCCGCUCUACCUGAGUUCGGUUUCUGUGUUUGCUGUGGCCAGCCAGGGCCAGGUUCGCUCAUCCCGGGGGGGGUCAGCUCCGAGGAGCAGAGCACCAGGCCCGGGGCAUUGGACUCACUGGGAAUCUGACCUGAGUGUGUUUGAGCUCGGUCUCUCUUCAGGGGCAUUGUUCUGGCCCCAGAGGCGGCAGAUAAUUGCAGAAGUUUUGAUUUCACCACUCAGCACUUCCCCAGAACCCCAGCCUGCGUACUGCGCAGUCGAUGCUGCAGUCUUCCCUCUCCAGCAAAGAGGAGCCGCCUGGAAGGCCAGGCUGUCUGUGGAGAGCGGCUCCCACGGCAAUAAUCCGCUCUGGCAGUAUCCUCCCCGUCUCUGCUCCGGGCAUCUCCCGGUCCCACUUUCGCUGCCUCUCUCACCCCAGUGCUGUUCCGUUCCUGUGCCUGUCAGCAUGCACUUCCAGUCUGGGCAAAGAAGAUUCCUAAGGAAUGAUUUAUUAACUAUAAUAUGGUUAUAGUUACAUAUAUAUAAAUAUAUCUAUAAUGGUUAUAGUUAUAUAUAAUAGAAGGCGUGUGUUUGUAACUGUAAACGGGCAGGACUGUUGCAUCUCGCGUGCCACUCUCCGGUGUGCAGAGCCGGCAGCAGCGCUGCGGCCGGGGCUGGCUCAGCCCCGGAGCUCCCGCUCGGUGAGGGUGCAGAGGCGCGAUGCCGGCGCUUGCUAACCGCCAGGAUGGGGGCAGAGCGGGAGCCGGCGGCAGGAGGGGUGCUCAGCGACCCCCUCGCGCGUCUUGCAAAGACAACGGCGUUCAAACGCCGCCCCGCUGUUCCAGCCAAGACGUGUAACCAGCGCAGGGAACCUCUGCCGAUACCCGCGCGUCGGGAUCACAGCCUGGUUGUGUUUGUCGUCUUUUUCUUGCAGUAGAAUUCAAAUAUCCCUUUCUGACUGUGGCAGGUGCCUGCCCGUAAGCCGCUAGUGUUGCUGUUUGCAAGUGUGCAUUUGCCAGCAGAUCUCUGUCUACAAUGAAGUGCUAACGAGCAACCACCCUGACUGCAAAUCGCUUCCACCCUCCCUCCAGUGUGCCCCCCUCCGAGGCAGGAACUUUCUCUGCAUUGACUACUACCCCGAUCGCUUUGUACCAUGUAUGUAACUGCCAUUGCCAUCAAUUUUAUAUGUACAAUAAUUUCCCUUUUAUAUGUCAGGUAAAUAUUUGUAAGAGUUAUACUCACACAAAUGAGAUUAUUAUAAUGAUUACUAAUAUAUUUUUUCCAUGUUUCAUUGCCUGAAUAAAAAUUGUGUUUAUCACUC